AUGGAUGAGGAUGGCGGAGCAAGUUCGGAUAUCAUGUGUUUUACACCUCUCGGUUCUGGGCAAGAAGUUGGUAGGUCCUGUCAUCUGCUCCAUUUCAAGGGAAAAAAGAUCUUGUUGGACUGCGGCGUGCAUCCUGGUAUGCAUGGUGUAGACGCUUUGCCGUUUGUGGAUUUCAUAGAUAUCGAGGAGAUCGACCUAUUGCUGAUCACUCACUUCCAUCUCGAUCACUGUGGCGCCUUGCCCUGGCUUUUGGAAAAAACUGGCUUUCAAGGAAAAUGUUUCAUGACCCAUGCGACAAAAGCCAUCUACAGAAUGCUUCUUGGAGAUUAUAUUAAGGUGGCAAAGUAUGGAGGAGGAAGUGACCGCAGUAUGUUGUACACUGAAGAAGACCUUGAGAGAAGUAUGGAAAAGAUUGAGGUAAUCGAUUUUCAUGAGCAGAAGGAAGUGAACGGUAUAAGAUUCUGGCCGUAUGUUGCUGGACAUGUUCUGGGUGCAUGCAUGUUUAUGAUCGAAAUUGCAGGGGUCAGGGCGCUUUACACUGGUGACUUUUCAAGACUGGAAGACCGGCACCUUUGUGCAGCUGAGAUGCCCACGAUUACUCCUGAUGUUCUCAUAUCGGAGUCUACGUACGGUACUCAAAUCCACGAGGAACGAACUGAACGUGAAAAGAGAUUUACUCAAAUGGUUCAUGAUAUAGUUGGGAGAGGAGGACGUUGUCUCAUCCCCGCAUUCGCACUGGGAAGGGCUCAAGAGCUUCUUCUCAUUCUUGAUGAAUAUUGGGACGCACAUCCGGAGCUGUAUGAUAUUCCAGUUUACUAUGCAUCUUCUCUCGCCAAGAAGUGUAUGGCAGUAUAUCAAACUUUUGUCAGUGGUAUGAAUCAACGAAUUCAAAAGCAGAUAGCUGUUAGCAAUCCUUUUGUUUUCAAGCAUGUUAGCAAUCUAAAGGGAAUGGAACAUUUCGAAGAUUCCGGUCCUUGCGUAGUAUUGGCAAGCCCUGGCAUGCUUCAGAAUGGACUUAGUAGAGAACUUUUUGAAAAAUGGUGCACUGAUGCAAAAAAUGCCUGUAUCGUAGCUGGUUAUUGCGUCGAAGGAACACCUGCUAAGCAUAUUCUCUCUGAACCGGAAGAAUUUGUAGCGAUGAAUGGAGACCGCUUGCCAAUGAGAUUGCAGGUGUGCAGCUUCGUUAUGGUUUGA